AUCUUUUUAUGUUGGCGUUACUCGCACCGUACGGCUCGCGGCAACAGUUUCGACGCGCCGCUGUUUCAGUUCGACGGCGUUUCAUAACAGUCUCAGGCUCCGCCGAUACAAUUCGCGUUUUAGUCGCGACAGGACGAGAAUUCCAGCUGGGUUGUCUUCCAAGUGAAAUCAUCGAUCGAACGAACAAAAAACCGUUGUAUUCAUACUCGACUCGCUACUACUCAACGGCCUAUCAUGCUCACGUCUGUCAUAAGAACCGUUGCUCGCCGCUCGUUUUCCACGUCGAAAUGGACAGCAGCACAGCAGAUGACGGUGCGAGAUGCUUUGAAUUCGGCCCUAGAUGAGGAAAUGGAAAGGGAUGAGAGGGUUUUUCUUCUUGGUGAAGAGGUAGCGAUGUACGAUGGUGCUUAUAAGGUUUCUCGAGGCUUGUGGAAGAAGUACGGAGACAAACGAGUUAUCGACACACCAAUUACAGAGGCUGGUUUCACCGGCAUUGCUGUUGGGGCUGCUAUGGCCGGCCUAAGACCAGUCUGUGAAUUCAUGACGUUCAAUUUCGCGAUGCAAGCAAUCGACCAUAUUAUCAAUUCUGCUGCCAAGACGUUUUACAUGUCUGCGGGUAGAAUCAACGUGCCGGUGGUAUUCCGUGGUCCCAAUGGUGCUGCCGCGGGCGUCGGGGCACAGCAUUCUCAGUGUUUCGGCGCCUGGUAUAGUCACUGUCCUGGUUUGAAAGUAGUGUCGCCCUACAACAGCGAAGAUGCCAAGGGUUUGCUGAAGGCGGCCAUUCGAGAUCCCGAUCCAGUAGUGGUACUCGAAAACGAGAUAUUGUACGGCGUGCAGUAUCCUAUGUCCGACGAAGCUCUGUCCAAGGAUUUCGUCCUGCCGAUCGGCAAGGCCAAGAUAGAACGAGCGGGCAACCACGUCACGUUGGUGGCGCAUUCCAAAACGGUUGAGGAGUGCCUCGAAGCGGCCAACGAGCUUGCCGGCAAGGGAAUCGAAGCCGAAGUGAUAAAUCUUCGUUCUUUGAGACCGCUGGACAUAGAUGCCAUUGUACAGUCCGUGAUUAAGACGAAACAUUUGUUAACAGUGGAGCAGGGCUGGCCGCAAUGCGGUAUCGGCGCGGAGGUCAGCGCGAGAAUCGUCGAGAGUGAAGCCUUUUAUCAUCUCGACGCGCCUGUAAUCCGUAUUACUGGUGUUGACACGCCUAUGCCGUAUGCAAAAUCGCUGGAGGCCGCGGCCUUACCGCAGAUAAGGGACAUAGUGAGCGCUGUUAACAAUGUUUUAGGAGUGACGCAGUAGUCGAUAGUCUUGCAAGUACUUAGGCGAAAUCAAUAUAUUUCUACGGUUUUUCAAAGCGCACAUUGCAGUUUUCCCAUCUCCCGGAUCCAUGCCUCUACCUGAUAGAACACUACCUCGUCUCCAAUCAUUGAUAGAUAAUGGAUAAUAGAAUUCGCUGCAGAGAAACGAUCAAGUAAGUGUGAAGUCUUCAUAUUGCGAAGAUGAUGCUCUGUCGCUGAAUACAAUAUGUCCAGGAAAUAUUUCCUUGUAAGUUUUAUGCGUGAAACUUUUACAAAGAAGUACGUUUUACACGGAGAGAGCCUGAACGUACAUUUGUGACAAUAUAUGUAGAGAGGUUUGUAGAAUUGCACUUUAGAAUUAACAUGCAAUGUGUAUGAUAAGGUAUAUUGAUUAAUGUACAUUUUACCAUUAAGUAGUUAAAACAUUGUAUCAAUUACAAUUGUACAUACUUAUUUUAGUACUUAUCAGAGUAUGCUAAUUGAAGCAUGCUAAUAAGAGAAUAUGUAUAAUUAUAGAGACGGAAAGUUCUAACUUGUCUUCGAUUUACAAGUAAAUCGAUUUCCGUUUAAUGUGUGUGAAAAACGAACGAAUGUGCUAGUCUACUGCCGUCUUAAUAAGAACUGCCUUUCUCUUUGUGGAGUUUCACGCCGCGCGCUGUUUAAAAUGUCGGUAAACUUACAAGGAUAUGCGGGUAGUACAGUUUUCGCAAUCGAUUCACGCGCCAUCGCACAUAUAAUUGCAGAAUUAUAGACAGCACGUGCGUGCUGCUUUUGUUUAUUUAUUACAGAAAUUUAAUAAAUUGUCACGUAUA